AUGCCGACGCCGACGGAGUACUUUGGCUAUUCGGUCACCAACAUUGGCCCCUUGACCACGAGGUUUACGCCUGCGCCCUCCUGCGCAACAACCACGCGCAACGUUUACAUCGAGACACAGCUGGGCGAUGCAAGAGGGCUUUAUGGCUUCCCCAGCUGCAACCCACCAAAGUACGAAGGAUGCCUACCCAGCGGAAAGGAGAUUGACGAGCUGAAUCGUCAAUUAUCUGCCAGCCCACACAAUGGGAACCUUGUAUAUCAUUCACCUGGACUGAGAUGCCCGUCGGGAUGGAAGCGGGUCGGUACUGUUCACGGCGGCACAACACAACCAACGAAGCCGGAGGGUGCCUUUACCGAAAUCACGACGGCAUCUCCAUCGCCGAAUGGCGUUCCGGAACCCAUUCCGAGGCUGGACGCAUAUGCCAACGUGCUUGAUCCAUCCGAGACUCUGGUGUGGUGCUGCCCAAGGUAG